AUGCUUAGAAUGAUGCUGGAGAUUCCGAUUCCUGAUAAAUGGAAACAGUUGUAUUAUGCAUGGGAUAUCCGAGUGUUCAUUAUAUUGAGUCUUUUCUUUCAAAUGUUUUUGAUUCUCAUUGCUCCUUUGAGAAAACGAACAAAAAAUAACUGGAUAAUCCUUUCAUUGUGGUGUUCAUAUUUGCUAGCUGAUUGUGCGGCUAACUUUGCUCUUGGGCUCAUCUCAAGCAGCCAAGGGAACCCUAAUGAGAACCAAGCCCAAAAAGGCGGUAGGGUGGGUAUGCAUCACAAAGACCUUCUCGCUUUCUGGGCGCCUUUUCUUUUGGUGCACCUCGGUGGUCCAGACACCAUUACGGCUUUUGCGUUGGAAGACAAUGAGCUGUGGCCCCGUCAUCUUUUUGGUCUUCUUUUCCAAUGUGUAGUUGCAUUUUAUGUGUUUAUUCAGUCACUACCUGAAAAUCGGCUAUGGAUUCCGACAAUGUUCAUGUUCUUAACAGGUUUCAUAAAAUAUGCGGAAAAAACGCGUUCUCUUUUUCUUGCUAGUGCCAACAGAUUCAAAGAGUACAUGUUCCCAACUCCUGAUCCUGGGCCAAUGUAUGUGAAACUCUCAAUUGAAUAUCAUGCGAGGAAGAAGGUGAAACUACCGACUAGAAUUCAGAUGGUUCCAGAGCCGGAUACAGCAGCCAAAUCAGUUAUAAAAUCUAUAAAAGGGAAUUUAACAGAGUUGGAGAUGGUGCGACAUGCUUAUGAGUUCUUUAAAACAUUUAAAGGGCUUGUUGUUGAUAUGAUUUUGAUCAAUCGGAGGCAACAAAAUCAGAGUCGGGAUUUCUUCCUAAAUCGGACCGCAAAAGAUGCUUUCAAAGUGAUUGAGAUUGAGUUAAAUUUAAUCUAUGAUGUUCUCUUUACGAAACUUCCGGUGGUGUUUUGUUUAACCGGAGCCAUUAGCCGGUUUUUAUCUUUUGCAACAAUUUGUGCAGCAAUCUUUUUAUUUAUAUUCGAAGACAAAACAAAUUUCCGAAGCUUUGAUGUGAUGAUUACCUAUAUUUUGCUGUUUGGUGCUUUGAUUUUGGAUGUGACCGCUCUAUUCAUGCUCUUGUUUUCAGAUUGGACCAUCAUUUAUUUAUGGAAAUCUCUUCAUGUUGAGAUCGACAACAAGUCUAUCAAGACAACAAUCAUCAAUGCAUUCCUCAGACUCUUGACUGAUCAGGGCACACUCUCGGACACAAAAGAGCAUCCCCAGUUGACAAGAAAUGCCUCUCAAACAUGGGGUUCAUGGAUAACAAAUGCAUCACAAACUCGCAAAUGGGAAAUUAAGUUCUUAAGACGAAGGUGGUGGGAAUUUAUUUCAACUUACAACCUUAUCUAUUAUUGCUUGCACCCACGCCCAACCCUAAAUCAACGUUUUUUUGACAAGUUUGGGCUUACUAGAUUUUUUGACGGGCUCAAGUAUGUGGAAUACAAAAAGGUCACCCAAAAACUCAAAGACUUCAUCUUCGAGGAGUUAAAAAUAAAAUCAGAACUCGCAGAUGACUUGGAAACUACAAAGGAGAUAAGUUCAGCACGAGGAAGUUGGGUAAUCCAGUUGCAAGAAGAUUGGCAUAGCUUACUUACACAUGUUGUAGAUGUUGACUACGAUCAAAGUAUCAUUAUAUGGCACAUCGCCACCGAGGUAUGCUACAACAAAGAACUUAAAAAGGAACCCGUGGGUACCAAAAAUGAUCUUCGCGAUAUUGCAAAAGUAUUAUCAGAUUACAUGUUGUAUCUUCUUAUCAUGCAACCAAACAUGAUGCCGGUAAUAGUAGCAGGCAUUGGACAAGUACGGUUCCGAGAUACUUGUGCUGAGGUCAAAAGGAUUUUAGAUAUUGGAGUUGAUUGGGAUCAGAAAAACGCUUGCAUGAUGAUUCUUGACAUACCCACGGAUGUGCCACCAGUGACUAUAAGUGGUGAUCGGAGCAAAUCCUUGCUAUUUGAUAGUUGCAUUUUGGCCAAAGAAUUGAUGAAGCUAGAAGAGGACUCUAGUCAGGAUAAAUGGUUGAUUAUAAGCAAGGUAUGGGUGGAGUUGUUAUGUUACGGUGCAAGCCAUGCAAGAUCUAACACACUAGCAGACCAAGUGAGCAAAGGUGGUGAGCUCAUUACUAUCGUUUGGUUGUUAAUAGCUCAUUUUGGUUUGGGUGAUCAAUACCCAAUUAAUGAAGGAAAAGCAAGAGCAAAACUCAUUGUUGGCAAGUAG